AUGGCUCUCCAGCUCAUCUCUUCCUCUCUUGGCUGGAUCAGCACUAAGGCCGAGUCCAAGGCCCGCCACGCCCUCAUCUCAGUCCUCUCAGCAGGCCCGGUCCCCAAGCACGUCGCAUUCAUCCUUGACGGGAACAGGCGGUAUGCUAGGAGCAAGCACAAAGCGAUCAAGGAUGGCCACUAUGAGGGUUUCUGGGCUCUGCGCAAGAUGCUGGAGGUGUGCAUGAACCUCGGCGUAAAGUGCGUGAGCGCAUACGUGUUCUCUAUCGAGAACUUCAAGCGCUCUCCAGAGGAGGUCGAGGCACUUAUGGACCUCGCCGAGGAGAAGCUACUUGAAUUCGCUAGGCAAGGAGAAAUCCUGGACAAGUACGGUAUCCGUCUUGUCGUCGUCGGCCGUUGGGAGCUGCUUCCGGAGAGGGUCCAAGUUGCGGCGCGAAAGGCUUUGGACAGGACGCAGCAUAACGAGAACAGGGCUAUCUUCAAUAUGUGCUUUCCGUACACUAGCCGGGAAGAAAUUGCUAACGCAGUGCAAGAAACCAUCCGAGAGCGUUUAGAAGAUGAUUCCCUCGACGAGAAAAUAACCGUGGAGGACCUUGAAGCCCAUCUGCGCACGGCGGGCAGUCCACCUCUCGACAUUCUCAUCCGCACUAGCGGUGUGAAGCGUCUCAGUGACUACAUGCUCUGGCAGUGUUCAGAGGACACCCAGAUCCAAUUCUCCAGUAAAUACUGGCCUGAUUUCGGCUUCUGGGACUUCAUACCCAUCAUCUUAGACUACCAGAGGAAAGUCUGGGCCACUCAGCCUUGA